GGGGCAAAUGGUUUUACAAUGUUUACACCUUCAGCAAGUACAAACGACUUCUAAUGAACCUGGCCGCUCAAGCGGCGGUGGGAAUGGCGAGAAACCAGACUUUGCCGGAAACGGAACAACAUUCCCACAUCUGCCUUUCACCUUUUGACUUCCGCUGACUCGCCCCUCCCACAAGGCGGCUACGUGAUGCGUCACUGCGCUUACGUGCAGUCUGACGUGAUGAGCGGUGGAAUUUUCUGUCACAGACCGGGCUGAGGCGCUGUGGGGAAGAGUUUACGGGGGUUGGGAAAGUGACUGAUGCCAACUCUGUGCCAUGAAGAGUAACAGCAGGGUACAGAGUACCAGUGACUGCUGUACUCUCAGGCUGUUACUGCCUGUCUCAUUGCAAGUACAGAGUACCAGUGACUGCUGUACGCUCAGGCUGUUACUGCCUGUCUCAUUGCAGGUACAGAAUACCAGUGACUGCUGUACUCUCAGGCUGUUACUGCCUGUCUCAUUGCAGGUACAGAAUACCAGUGACUGCUGUACUCUCAGGCUGUUACUGCCUGUCUCAUUGCAGGUACAGAGUACCAGUGACUGCUGUACUCUCAGGCUGUUACUAUCUGUCUCAUUGCAGGUAGAGAGUACCAAUGACUGCAGUACUCUCAGGCUGUUACUGUCUGUCUCGUUGCAGGUACAGAGUACCAAUGACUGCUGUACUCUCAGGCUGUUACUGCCUGUCUCAUUGCAGGUACAGAGUACCAGUGACUGCUGUACUCUCAGGCUGUUACUAUCUGUCUCAUUGCAGGUAGAGAGUACCAAUGACUGCAGUACUCUCAGGCUGUUACUGUCUGUCUCGUUGCAGGUACAGAGUACCAAUGACUGCUGUACUCUCAGGCUGUUACUGCCUGUCUCAUUGCAGGUACAGAGUACCAGUGACUGCUGUACUCUCAGGCUGUUACUAUCUGUCUCAUUGCAGGUAGAGAGUACCAAUGACUGCAGUACUCUCAGGCUGUUACUGUCUGUCUCGUUGCAGGUACAGAGUACCAAUGACUGCAGUACUCUCAGUAAAGUCUCUGCGGCAUCCCUGGGUUAUUUCGAAGAUGAAUAUCAGAAAAAUUUUGUGAAUCGUAACUGCAGGAGGUCCCCACUGAUCCACAGGGGGUACUGUGUGCGAUCUCAAGCUGUCACUCAUUGUAUCAACGAAUUUAUACGAGACACACAGAGCUGUGACCACAGACAGGUUGUGUCGCUGGGAUGUGGAUUUGAUUCCUUAUUCUUCCGUCUGCGGAUGCAGUCGGAAUCCCCCCUGUGCGUUUGGGAAGUGGAUUUUCCCUCCGUGGUAAAGCGCAAGUGCCUUCUCAUAGAACAGUCGGGGGAUCUUAGAGAUCUACUGGGCAGCUAUGUGACCCCGGAUGGCAAUGGGCCACUGGUUCUCUUAUCUCAGGGAUACAAACUGCUCGGAGUGGAUCUGACUGAAGUUUCCAGUCUUGAUGCUGCUCUGAACUUAGCUGGCCUCUCGUGGGACUGCCCAACAUUGGUUCUGGGAGAAGUGGCGCUGUGUUAUAUGGACCCGGCACGAUCCACAGCGCUGAUUGGCUGGGCGGCAGAACGUUUCAGAGAUUCGCGUUUUGUCCUGUAUGAGCAGAGCUGCCCCAGUGACCCCUUUGGGCGUGUGAUGACCAGCCAUUUUGCUUCUCUGAAUUCCCCAUUGCUGUCGCUCAGUGAGUUCCCUCACAUACAGGACCAGGAGCAGAGGUUUCUUCACAAGGGCUGGAAGACGUGCCGAGCCCUCGAUAUGAAUGAGUUCUGUGCUUCCUGUGUCCCUUUGCCGGAGGUGCAGCGGAUUCACAACUUGGAGCCUUUUGAUGAAUUUGAGGAGCUGCACUUGAAAUGUUCCCAUUAUUUUAUCCUUGUCGCUUCACAAGGUUUCCUGGCAGAACAUCCAUGUUUGUGUCCUGUUCCUGAGAGAUGCACAGAGUUUGAAAUGGGCCCUAGGCCAGUCCCUAGCGGGUCCCUAGCAGCCGUUCCCUUCCCCGUGCCAGUCACUGGUCUGCGCCGCUUUGGCCACCGAUCCUGUCACAUGGCAUCUCAUGGCGUCGUAACAACCGGCGGCUUUGGGGAGAAGGACGGCCGGCACCAAAGGUUAAUGGACUUACAUGUCCUUUUGCGGGGUGGGGACGGCUGGGACCAGGAGCAGACCAUGGAAGGCUGGGAUGGGCGGCUACUGCAUUCUCUUACCCCUCUCUCAGAAGGAAGGGGCAUUUUGGCUCUCGGUGGACGUUUUUCUCCAACUCGUCCUGCCGAGGGGGCAUUAAUCUUGGAACAUGUCGCCGGGGGCUGCACAGUGAAAGUGACGCAGAUGAAUUUACAGCCUGAUAUUCAGCGAUGGAGGCACACAGCAACUGAAGUGGAUCUCUCUGGCCAUUCCUACGUGUUUGUGUUUGGUGGUCGGUCUGUGUCCACUUUGGCUUUGCAGGACUCAAUGUUUCUUUGUCUAGAGAAAAUGAGCUGGGACCAGGUAGAAGUUUCUGGCUGCCCCCCCGCUGCGCGCCAUUCCCACAGCUCAUGUAGUUGGAAAGGGGGGGCUGUAAUAUCCGGGGGGCUCCUCCAGUCUGGCCUCCCCAGUGCCUCCAUCCACCUUCUCAUGCUUCGCACUCCCCAUUUUCUGUGGCAACAACUGGAAACCAUUCCAGCACUCACGCCGAGGUAUUCUCACAGCUCUCACGUACUUGGGGAGAAAUUACUUCUGGUCGGAGGGAUUUGGGUUCAUUGCCGCUCAGUCCCGGGAGUCACUGUGGUGGAUCUGAACACUGGGCACAGCGUUGAGUAUGAGAUAGACACGUCCUCGCUGGAGUGGCCCCUCAUGGUACACGGUCACAGCUCCGUUUUGCUUCCUGAGGAAGAGCAGUUGCUGCUCGUGGGGGGAGGAGGCACCUGUUUCUCCUUUGGGACCCACCUGAAUAGCCGGCCGGUAUUGGUACAACUGCCGCCCGCCGUGAGAGCGGCCCCUACAGACUGAGUGGUGCUUUGGCCAAUGUACUCGCUCACAUGUCCAGCUGCCCUGUGGUACCAGGGACCCAGUAUUAAAGGUACCGAAUCCUCUUUUACACUACACAGGGCAAUUUAAACAAGAUGCCAACUGUUGUGGUGCCUGAGACUGCCACUUCUGCCCCAGCACAUUAACCCUUGCCUGCCCGUGGGAUUCUCUUCGAAUUAAUCUGGCACAAGGUAUCGGUGGCACCAUGAGUUUCUGGUAUAUUCCGCUCAGUUGGGCGAGAUGUGUGAGUUCCGCUGCUGGGAUGUAACCCCGGAACUGCAACUCGCCCCCUUGAGUUGUUAGUAGCCUUUAGGCAUGAAGUGAAUUGGCACCAAUGGGAGACCCCCCCAUGGCUGCGUGUAACAUGUGUGUUAGUGCUGGGUGCAGGCGUAUUAUGGGCAGCGUUGGGAAGGGCUCUCAGUACAAACAUUAAAUGAAAUUGAUAUAAACA